GACUUUGAUAAAACUAGGUCGAUCAUGUUGAUCUGUUGAGAGACAGGAAGCUGUUUUUCCUUUAUUUCUUCAGUCGUCUGAUCGAAUGCUUCUUCUGCGACACUUUGGGAGCCACGAUGACUGAAGAGGUCCUCUUGAACACACUGAAGGAUUUGAGCGAGGAAGAAUUCAAGGAGUUCAGAUGGUAUCUGGAUCACAGUAACAUCCUGGAAGUUUCCUCAAAGAUCACAAAGUCUGUGCUGGAGAAGGCAGACAGGUUGAAAACAGUGGAUCUGAUGGUGAAUAAAUAUAAACCUCAUGGAGCUCUGGAGGUGACCAAGAAGGUUUUAGAGAAGAUAUCCAGGAACGACCUGGUGCAGAGUCUGCCAGACACCAGCUCAGGACCAGAAGUGUCAGUGGAUGUCAAUGAUGUUGGAGACACUUCAGAGAACAGAGGUUUGUCCCCCUCUCAGUGUGAAGAUGUGAUUGUUCCAGAACCAGAGCCACAACCCAUCUCACAUUACAAACACUUACUUCAGUCGAACCUCCAGGAUAAGUUUAUGUGUGCACAAGAGGGGUGGGCACAGAAGAAGGAUGAGCAGCAUCUGGAUGAAAUCUACACAGACCUUUACAUCACAGCUGGAGCUAACGUACACAUUAACACACAACAUGAGGUCAGGCAGAUUGAGGCUGUGGUGAAGCCAGCUGAAACAGAGAAACCAAUUGAACCCAGUGACAUCUUCAAACCCCCCUCUGGAAGAUAUAAACCCAAAAGAACAGUGCUGACCAAUGGAAUCGCAGGAAUUGGCAAAACAUUUCUUGUGCACAAGUUUGUGUUGGACUGGGUUGAAGGAAGAGCCAAUCAAGAUGUGCAUCUGGUAUUCCCCUUCACCUUCCGCCAGCUGAAUCUGUGGAAGGCAGGAAAAUUGUGUUUGGCAGAACUGAUUCAUCAUUGUAUUACAGAGACCAGAUGCAUCAAGGAAGAAGCUCUUAAUCACAUCUUUACAACUCUGCAGUCAUCGGGAAACACCAACUAUGACAAAAGUAAAUUCAAACUUCUGUUUGUUUUGGAUGGACUGGAUGAGAGCCGCCUUCAACUAGACUGCUCUACCAGUAAAAACCAGGCAGUUAACUUCGAUGUUACAGAGUCCACCUCAGUGGAGAAGCUGCUGACAAACCUCAUCAAGAGGAACCUGCUGCCCUCUGCUCGCCUCUGGAUAACCACACGACCUGCAGCAGCCAAUCAGAUCCAUUCUGAUUUUGUUGAUAUAGUGACAGAGGUCAGAGGGUUCACUGACCCACAGAAGGAGGAGUACUUCAGGAAGAGAUUCAGAGAUGAGGAGCAGGUUAUAGGUCAUUCCAAGCCUUUGUCCCAGCCCCCUGUCACCUAG